UUUCAGUUGAAGGUGUCUUGUGCAAUGAGUUCAGAUGAUGCUUCACGUUACUUAGAGCGGCAGCGUCAAACAGCUUCAAACGUAGUCACUGCACCAAGUACUCAUCGACGCGCUUUACGUGACGGUGAAUGGGCAUGCGUUGAUGCAAAAUGUGCAUACAUCAAUGCAGAUCGUGUUAGUGUGUGCGAACGUUGCGGCAAAGCUAAACCACGUUCCAAGAACCGUGUAGGCCGUGAAAUUGGAAAAGAUGCAGCGGAAAAGUCAAAAGGAUUGUUUGCUGCUGAAGAUUGGGCUUGCACUAAAUGUGGCAAUGUAAAUUGGGCUCGAAGAACAGCGUGUAAUAUAUGUAAUGCACCAAAACUGGGUGAUCUGGAAGUACGAACUGGUUACGGUGGUGGAUAUAUGGAUCGACAGAAUGUUGAAUAUAUCGAACGAGAAGAUGACGAAGAAUUCGAUGAAUUCGGUCGUAAAAAGAAACGGCGAAAAUUAGACAAUAAAGCAGAAGAGGAGCAGAAGAUCACUGGACCAGAGGAAUGUGUGAAAUACAGCGAAGAGGGAAGUGAAGAAGGAAAAGAAAAAACUGAAGAAAAGGAAAGCGAUGGCAAAGAGGCUGUGUCAGGUGACAACGAUGAAGAGGUGGAAGAGGAGGAGGACGAAGAAGAUGAAAAUGAUGCCGAUUUGGAUAAGUACGAUUUAAGCGCGGAUGAAUUCGAAGUAGAAAAUUUAAAGGCGAAAAUAGCGGCCCGUAAAGCUGCCCUUGCAUCAUCAGCUACGGAAACUCAAGUAAGGAGCGAAUCAAGAUAUUCAACAGAUUGCUCCUGUUCGUGCAGUGGCGGUGAAUGUUCCUGCGAAGAAAGCGAAAGUGAAGAAGAACGCAAACGUCCCAGCCGAGAUGUUGAACGUGAGAAGGAAAAAGGUGAUAACCGGACUAAAGAUCGUGAUUCAACUCGUGAUAAGGAAAAGGAGAAGGAUCGGGAUCGCGAGCGUAGAGACGAACGUAGUAACAAAGAUGACCGGGAUAGAAGCCGUCACGGCCAACGCAGUAGUCAGUGCAAAGAAAGUUCACCACGUCGAUACCACAGUUCUUCGGCGCACCGCGAUAAAGAUCGUCGUUGAAAGAAAUGAACUUUGUGCUGGAUUCGUUAUUGCUAUUGAAAAGAAUGGUGAAUUAUGAAGAGCUAAAUUUAAAUAACCACGUGCAAACUAGGAAACUGAUUUUUUUUCCUGACUUCCUUAAGUAUUCAGUUUGCUUUAUGUUAAGGGUUUUAUCAAGUUGACAGAUUUUCUGAAUGAACCCUCUGCUUUCAAGUUGUGAUUUUUGUGUCUUUUUUUCGGAACUUUUGAGUUGAGAUAUUCUGAUAACAAUUGUGGAUAAAGCAUUAUGUUGAAAGCUCUGUCGUAUUCUGUUGCUGU